AUAAAUUCAAAAAUUUUGACUAAACAAACUGGGGAAGAGAAAUAAAAUUAUUCCCAUAAACCCAUCGAAGAUGGAACCCAGAAUCACUAAGGAACCGAGAAGAGUGAUCCAUUGCUCGGAUGGAACUCUAGAAGAAUAUUCCUCCGAAGAUGAAAGUGAUGGUCUGAAGGCAAAGGUUGAACUACCAGUCGUCGAUCCUAAAACUCUGACUUGGUUUCCAUGGAUUUGGUAUCAGACAACCUGGAUGGGUAGUAAGACCUUGAGUGCUUGUGAUUAUGUUGGAGAAUCCCUAGCAAACUUUUUUGGUAUAACAAGCCCAAAAUUUCAAUUUGAAAUUAACGAAUACUACAGAAUGAAAGCUGAAGAGGCUGAAGCACAACGGAAGGAAGACUUAGAAAUGGGUGGUUGGACGGAGAACAAUCGUAAUAAUCUUGUUGACAAGAAUACUUCAUCAGAACAGGUAGAAAAUAUUCAGAGAUUUUGAUCUUUAAAAAAAAUUCAAAGACCGCAGAAUUUUUCCAGGUCUUUACAACGUGAUCUUGAACUAAAUUCAAAUUCAUUAAUGGAGGCAUUUAGCUUACUUGUAAAUUCUUACUUUCCCUUUUACGUCAAGAUCUUGUUUCAAUUGUAUAGAGCGUUAUAAUUUUUUUUAUACCAUUAAGCAGCUUUUUAUCGAUAUAUGUUAUUUAUCUAUACAACCACUAAACACUUCCAGACUCCACAUGCAUUUAAAAAAUAGUUUUAAUACUAUAGGAGAAACUUUUUAUAAAUGAAAUUCGAUAGGAGUGGAACAAACUUACUGCUUCUAAUUUAUUAUAGGUGACUAAUAUUUAUUUAUCAUACUAUAGAUGAUUGCU